AUGGUCAAGCCACUCAGCUUCAAGGGCGACAAGAAGAAGGCCAAGAAGCGCAAGCGCACGGCGGCCGGCGAAGCUGCUGAUGCCGACGGCGCCGAGGACGGUGCCCCAUCAUCAUCAGUCGCAAAGACAGGCGACGAGGACGCCGCGGCCAACGACGACAGCUGGGUAUCGGCAGAGGUCACGAGCGACAUAUCCGGCCCCGUCAUGAUUGUCCUACCCACCGAGGAACCAUCGGCGCUGGCGUGCGAUCAGAGCGGCGCAGUCUUCACGCUGCCCAUCGAGAAUAUAGUCGAGGGGAACCCGGCUAGCGCGGAGCCUCACGACGUGCGACAGGUGUGGAUCGCCAACCGAGUUGUCGGCACAGAAUUCUUUCGCCUAAGAGGUCAUCACGGACGACACCUCUCGUGCGACAAGAUAGGUCAGCUAUCAGCCCUGUCAGAGACGAUCUCACCGCUCGAAUCCUUCACCAUCAUACCCACGGCCGACACACCGGGCACCUUUCAGCUGCAGACGCACCGCGACACCUUCGUCUCGGUCAAGGAGCCCAGCGGCGCCAGCAAGGAAGCCGACUCGGAGAAGAGAUCGGCCGGCCGCAGGGCCCAGCAGCCCGAAGUGCGCGGCGACGCGGACGCCGUAGCCUUCUCCACCACGCUGCGUAUCCGCAUGCAGGCCCGGUUCAAGCCGCGCUUCAAGGCGUCAAAGGAGGAGCGUGCCCUGGCGAAGAUCAGUCGGCGAGAGCUCGAGGAGGCGGCCGGCCGCAGACUGGACGAGGAUGAGGUCAGGAUGCUCAAGCGUGCUAGGAAGGAGGGCGAUUACCAUGAGAAGUUGCUGGGCAUCAAGGUGAAGAAUAAGCAUGACAAGUUUGGAUGA